AUCCAUGACCUACCCUUGCUUCUUUUUCCCUUCGUGCCUUAAAAGGGAAGCAAGCAAUCCCUGCACUUACACUUGGGCUUCAUCCGUAGGCAGUGCUCCACUUCCAGCUGUAAACUGGCCCCUAUCUAGGGAGCUGCUCCCAGACACUUCCUGCUACUGGGCAGCUCCAGCAGUGAUCCGCCUCUCAGCAAGGCUGGGUUUCAAACAGGCAGAACCAGAUUCCCCAAGCAGAAAGUAAUCAAUUUGCCUGUCUACUGCAGUUGCAGAAGUCGGCUCCUCUCUCACACCGCUGCUCCCGAUGAUGAACCCUUGGACAACUGUAUAAGACUUAGAAGUGGAAGGCAUGCAGAAAAAACUUCACGGAAUGUCACUCAAGGCAUAUUACUUAGGUAAAUAUUAGAAACAAUGUUUUCUGGAUUAUACUGAAGCUGAAACCUCAGGAGUUCCUCUGUAAAAGAUAAAACGGAAAGCCACCAGCGCAGGAUUAAAAGUGAAACAAGAAAAAAAGAUAUCAGCGUUAACUCCCUGUGUUGGCAAGGGGGGAAAAAAACCUGAACACUAAAACCAUGAGAGACCGCCUCCAAGAGCUUAAACUGCGAGCUAAGGAACUACAGAUAGCUGGAGAAAACAACGGUGCAACUGUACAAGAAGAAGAGCUGGAGGAGUUUGAACAGCAGGCCAUUAUUUAUGAAAAAGAGCCCAUAACUGAAAGGCACUUGCACGAAAUCCAGAAGCUUCAGAAUGACAUUAACAAUUUGGUGGAGGAAGUUCAUAAAUUCAGUCAACAACAAAAAAGCCUACUAUCUUCAAUGAGAAGAUUCAGUGUUCUUAAAAAGGAAUCUAACAUAGCAAGAGAAAUAAAAAUUCAAGCAGAGCACAUACGAAAAUGUUUGGAUGAACUUUCAAAAACAGUGAAAAAAGCUGAAAAUGAACAUGGGCCAUCACGUGCCGCAGUAAGAAUUCUGGCUUCCCAGCAUGCUUUCUUAUCCCAGCGUUACGUAAAUGCUAUGCUUUCAUACAACGAUGCCAUAACUGCUAAGCAAGAGAAAUGCAGAAAAUUUAUUGUCCGUCAGCUUGAAGUAGCUGGUAAAGAGGUAUCUGAGGACGAAGUCAAUGACAUGCUCCAACAAGGAAAAUGGGAGAUUUUCAAUGAAAAUCUACUCACUGAAGUAAAAAUUACCAAAGCUCAGCUUUCAGAGAUUGAACAGAGACAUAAAGAACUAGUGAAUCUGGAGAACCAGAUCAAAGACAUAAAGGAACUUUUUAUCCAGAUAUCAGUUCUGGUGGAGGAACAAGGGGAGAUGAUCAACAACAUUGAAAUCAGUAUGAACAACACUCAAGAAUACACUCAAGUAUCUAAAGAAAAAUUUGGGCUUGCAGUCAAGUAUCGAAAAAGAAACCCUUGCAAAGCAAUAUGCUGCUGGUGUUGUCCAUGCUGCAAAUGACAAAAGAAAUAAACUGUUUGAAAUACCAAUGGUUCCUAUUUAGCAAGCUGACCUCAUAAAACAGUCUCAGGACCCCUCGACUGCUUUACUUUUCCUCCCAUUUCUCCUUCCACAGAGCUCUCAGGAAAAACUGCAUCUGUUUUUCCAAACAGAGUUAGAAGAAUGCAAAGAAUUUUGUGGUUUUCACAGGAACACAUGAACUAGGGGAAAGGACCAAAGGACACAAGUGACACUUUGUUCUUCCAGUCAAACUAAAACAAUGUGGCAAAAAACUACCUGUGCUUUCGGAAAGCACUGAAAAUAUUGUUAAUCUCAAAGACGGAUUCAUAAGAAUGAUUUAGUUAACUUUCACAAAAUAAUAAUUAGCAUUUUUAAUUGC